AUGUAUGACUUCAUGAUAAAGGCAAAUGUCAUUACAGGGGAAAAGGGAAAGAUUGGUCAAACUGUGCUUAUUCAUAGACUCUCUAUAACUCCUUCAGAUAAAAAGUUGCCAUUCAAAAUGAGGAGGAGGCAACUGCCUAUUGGUGUUGCAUUCGCCAUUACUAUCAAUAAAAGCCAAGGUCGAACAUUGUCUGAAGUUGGAAUUUUUCUACCAAGACCGGUUUUUUCUCACGGACAAUUAUAUGUUGCUGUCUCCAGAGUGACGUCAAAGAAAGGCUUGAAGAUACUGAUUGUUGAUAGUGAAGGACAAGGAACUUUGAGAAUUGGAGAUCAACUUUGCUUGGAUAGGACCCGUCGUGUCCUUCGUCAUCAUACUGUUGUGUACAACAGACUAGAUGUGAAAAUGAUGAACAUCGCUCUCCAGGUUUUGAGCAAGACGAUGGACAGUACGAGCUUGACAUCUGAGAAGCUCGUGCUUGCUGAGGUGUUUCCGACUCUAUCAGGGAAUAGUCAAAAUCAGUUCUGA